ACCAUCCUCGCAUCCAAGAUUCAUAAACCCUUUCUCCCUUUCUUUUCCCUAAAACCCUAAACCUCAUUUCCUCCGUUCUGAAAACUCAAAAUGAUGAGUAUAAUCUUUAGACGCUCAUCGACGCCGGGCCUGGCUGCUGCCUCUGCAGCUAUCCAAACUCUCCAGCGUCACUACUUCUCUGUCGCUGCUUCAAUAAGCAGAAGUGUCGAUGGUGUUGUAAGACCGUUGGCCAGCUUUCCGGCUCUAGAAAGUGGAUUUGGGAUAAAUAAAGCAAGGAACUUUCACGCGAAAACUAGACCGUUGAAUUUCAGGGCAUCGCCGGUGUCGCGGGCGGAGUUCGCUGUCCACGAGUAUACAUCGUCCUUUGGUGAAGACAAGGCCUUCAAAGCCGCUAAUGACAAUACUACCAGUGACGAUGAUGGGCUCGAGAUCGCUAAACUUGGCAUUUCUCAAGAGAUUAUCUCUUCUUUGAGCAAGAGGGGUAUCACCAAACUCUUUCCCAUCCAGAGAGCAGUGCUGGAGCCUGCAAUGCAAGGGCGUGACAUGAUUGGACGUGCAAGAACAGGAACAGGAAAAACCCUAGCCUUUGGGAUUCCCAUAAUCGACAAAAUCAUUCGGUUCAAGGCUAAAAAUGGAGUUGGAAGAAACCCUUUGUGCUUGGUCUUGGCACCAACUAGAGAACUUGCUAAACAAGUUGAGAAAGAAUUUCAUGAGUCUGCUACCAGCUUGGAUACCAUUUGUGUUUAUGGAGGUACACCCAUUAGCCGCCAAAUGAGAGAACUUGACUAUGGUGUUGAUGUGGCGGUUGGAACACCCGGCCGCAUAAUUGAUCUUCUCAACAGAGGUUCUCUGAAUUUAUCAGAGGUUCAGUUUCUUGUUCUUGAUGAAGCUGAUCAGAUGCUUCAAGUGGGUUUUGCGGAGGAUGUUGAAAGAAUUCUAGAUAGUUUGCCAGAAAAUCGUCAGAGCAUGAUGUUUUCAGCAACAAUGCCUAAUUGGAUCAAAGAACUUACACGGAAGUACCUUAAGGAUCCAUUAACUAUCGAUCUUGUUGGAGAUUCUGAUAAGAAGCUUGCUGAAGGAAUUUCCUUGUACUCAAUCACAUCAGAUAUGUAUGGAAAAGCAUCAAUCAUUGGUCCUCUAAUAACAGAACAUGCAAACGGAGGAAAAUGUAUUGUUUUCACCCAGACAAAGCGUGAUGCUGAUCGACUAGCAUAUGCCAUGUCUAGAAGCUAUAGGUGUGAGGCUUUGCAUGGAGAUAUCUCACAAAGCCAGAGGGAAAGAACUCUUUCAAACUUUCGAGAAGGCCAUUGCAAUAUAUUAGUUGCUACUGAUGUUGCUGCUCGUGGCCUUGAUGUGCCUAAUGUUGAUCUUGUAAUACAUUAUGAGCUUCCAAACACUUCCGAGACUUUUGUUCAUCGAACAGGCCGAACAGGUCGUGCUGGAAAGACAGGAGCUGCAAUUCUCAUCUACACUUCAGAUCAAGCCAGGGCAGUGAAGGUUAUUGAGCGAGACGUGGGAUGCAGAUUUACUGAGCUUCCUAGGAUUGCAAUUGAGGCGGGGAGCAGGGACAUGUUAAGUAAUAUGAGUCCUGGUGUUCGAUCUGGAUCUUUUGGAGGUGUGAGAGAUCGCAGAUUUGGUGAAACAGGUUUUGUUCGUUCUGGUGGUCAAGGUGAAUCUGGAUUUGGCCGUUCUGGGAGCUACAGGAGCAGUAGAUUUGGCCGAACUGCUGAGGGUGGUCAGUUUUCUGCUGCUAUGGGUAGCUAUGGUGGAUCUGGCUCUGGUCGUUUUGGUUCUAAUGCCAACCGUUCUGGAAACUUUGGUAGGCCUGGGUUCAGUCGUUCAGGUGGUUUUGGGGAGAUGGGCAGAGCAGAUCGAUCUAGUGACUUUGGUGGCUUUGGUUCAGGUCGUUCUAGUCGAUUUGGAGACUCUGGGUCAGGCCAUACUGGUGGAUUCAGUGACAACCUUUCAGGCCAAAGAAGUGGUGGCUUUGAUUCAGGUCGGAGUCGCACUAGUGGAUUUGGGGACUUUGGUUCAGGUCGUACUGGUGGACUUAAUGACAAUUAUUCAGGCAGAAGCAGUGGCUUCGGAAGCUUUGGAGAAACCAAGCUUGAUAGUGAUCAGGGUUCUGGAAGAAAACUUUUCUGAUUUAAUAAAUAAUAGGUAAGCAACACCGAUAGAUGUCUACAGAAUAUCUUCUAUGGGAUUGCCUGAAACGACGGAUUUGUUUAUUCAUAAACGUAAUAUCUCCAUUCUGAGUUUUAAUGAAAAUGGUCUUCUCUAGGAAAGCCUCUGAAAUCAUGCUUUCAUUUUACCUCUGCUUGUGUACGAAUAAUGGGCAGUGAUUCUUUUCAAAUUCUAAAUUGGAUGGCAACAAUUUUUCAU